UGAAGCUCACAAGCUUUCCAGUAGGCUUCUAUCUUUGUUUUGUUAUAGGUAAGUCUUUGUUUCAAUAUAUUGCUCUUGUAAUCUUACAUAAAAACAUUACUCAUAUGCUUUAGGAGUGUGUGUCCACUUGGCUGCCAACUAUGCAUUGUCUCUGCAAUACUCCAAAUGGAUAGACUACUCAGUGUUCUCACUCUCACUAAUCGGAACUCUCUACAUUUCAGAAAUCAGUGGAAUGUUGGGACUGCAUUUCUUCAACACCCUGGCGCUGACUUUGUUUGCAUUCGUGGCUGGGAUCUGUCUGAACCUGAGCCACCACAGACAUCAGAGCGCGAUCUGAAUCGGAGGGAGCAUAAUGUAUUACAUCUUGAGACUGGGAUUUCAAUUUAGC